GGAGCGGGACGGGCCCGGCGAUCGCUCCGCGCUCCGGCCGCCCCCUCCCCGCGCCAGCGGCGGCGGCCCCGCCUCGCGCUCUCGCUCGCUUCUCCCCCCCCACCCUCUCCCGUCCCUUCUCCGCCCCCUUCCUUCCGCCCCUUCCCUCCCUCAGUCCCCGCCCCGCGGCCUCAGGCCCGGCCCGGCCUCGCGCUCCGGCCUCGGCGCCGCCGCCUCAGCGCGCCCGCGCUUCCGCUUCCCUUCCCCCCCCCGCCCCGCGGCCCCUUCCCCCCCCCCGUCCCCACACACCGGCCCCGCCAUGGACGUGAAGCGGCUGAAGGUGACCGAGCUGCGGGCCGAGCUGGGCCGGCGCGGCCUGGACGCCCGCGGGCUGAAGGUGGAGCUGGCGCAGCGGCUGCAGGAGGCCCUGGACGCCGAGAUGUUGGCGGCGGGGCCCGAGGAAGGCGGCGGCGGCGGCGGCGGGGGAGGCCCGGCCGCGGCCGCCUCGAGCUGCGCAGGGGAAGCGGGGCCGGCGGGAGGCCCGGGCGGGCGGCCCCACGGAGGGGAUGAGGAGGAGGAGGAGGAGGAAGAGGAGGAGGAGGAGGAAGAGGAGGAGGAGGAGGACGAGGAAGCGCUGCUCGCCGAUGAGGACGAAGCGGCCGCCGCGGCCCCCGAGGCGGCCCCGGCCCAGCCCGGCCCCCCCGGGGAGGAGGAGGAGGAGGAGGAGGAGGAAGAGGAGGCGGCCCCGGCCGAGCCCGCGGGGUCGGAGCCGCCGCAGCCGCCGCAGGAGGAGGGAGCGGCGGCCGCGGCCGAGGCUGAGGCGGCCGAGGGAGGAGGAGGCGGCGGCGGCGUGAACGGGGCCGAGCGGCCGCCGGAGGAGGCGCCCAGCGGGGAUGAAGCGGCCGCGGCUGAGGCCAAGGAGGAGGAGGCGGCUGCGGGGGAGGAGGAGGACAAGGCCAAGGCGGAGGCCGAGCGCCGGGGGCUGAAGCGGCUGCGGGACGAGAAGGACGAGCACGGCCGGGCCUGGCACGAGUUCCGUGAGGAGGCCUACAACAGCCGAUCCAAAUCUCCGCCGCCGCCCGAGGAGGAGCCCCCGGAGGGGGAGGAGGACGAGACCCUGGUGAUCCUGGACACCUACACGUCGGACCUGCAGUUCCGCGCCAGCCGGGACCGUUACGGGGGGCAGCCGCUGUUCCACGAGCGCUUCCCGGGGCUCUGGGCCGGGGCCCGCAGCACCCACGGGGUCACCCAGGGCCGGGUCUGCUUCCAGGCCAAGGUGUCCCAGAACCUGCCGGGGAAGGAGGGCAGCUCCGAGGUGCCGCUGCUCCGGGUGGGCUGGUCCGUGGACUUCUCCCACUCGCAGCUGGGGGAGGAUGAAUUUUCCUACGGCUUCGAUGGGCGGGGGCUGAAGGUGGAAAAUGGAAAAUUUGAGGAGUUUGGGGAAAGUUUUGGAGAAAACGACGUCAUCGGCUGCUUCGCGGACUUCGAGGGCGCGGAGCUGGUGGCGCUGUCGUUCUCCAAGAACGGGCAGGAGCUGGGCACGGCCUUCACGGUGCCCAAGGCGGCGCUGGGGGCGCGGGCGCUGCUGCCGCACGUGCUGUGCAAGGGCUGCGCCGUCGAGCUCAACUUCGGGCAGCGCCCGGAGCCGCUGGCGCCCGUGCCCGACGGCUUCGUCUUCAUCCACGCGGUGCCCGCGGAGCAGCGGGUGCGCACGGCGCCGGGGCCCAGGAGCACCGAGGAGUGCGAGGUGCUGCUGAUGGUGGGGCUGCCGGGCUCGGGGAAGACGCUCUGGGCACAGAAACAUUCCCAGGAGAACCGGGACAAGCGCUACAACAUCCUGGGCACCGAGCGCGUCCUGCACCAGCUCAGGACGCGGGGCCCGGAGCCGGAGCCGGAGCUGGACGCCCAGAGCCGGGAGCUGCUGACCCAGCAGGCGGCGCAGUGCCUUAGCAAGCUGGUGCAGAUCGCGCCCCGCGCCCGCCGCAACUUCAUCCUCGACCAGUGCAACGUGUACAACUCGGGGCAGCGGCGGAAGCUGUCGGCCUUCAAGGGCUUCUGCAGGAAGGUGGUGGUGGUGGUGCCGCCCGAGCCCGAGUGGGAGCAGCGGCUGCAGCAGCGGCGCCUCCGCGAGGGCGACGACGUCCCCGACUGCGUCAUGCUCGAGAUGAAAGCCAACUAUUCCCUCCCCGAGAAGAGCGAGUACGUGGACGAGGUCGUGUUCGGGGAGCUGGGCCGGGACGAGGCGGCGCCGCUGGUGCUGCGCUGGAAGGAGGAGGCGCGGAAGCAGCUGCCGCCCUCGGAGAAACGCGGCAACCGGCGCAACAACCGCAACAAGCGCAACCGGCAGAACCGCAACCGCGGCCAGGGCUACGUGGGGGGGCAGCGCCGGGGCUACGACAGCCGCGUCUACGGGGCCCAGCAGCAGCCGCAGUACUGGGGGCAGCCCGGCAACCGCGGGGGCUACCGGAACUUCUACGAGCGCUACCGGGGCUACGACGAUCGGUUCUACGGCCGCGACUACGACUACAACAGAUACCGCGACUACUACCGGCAGUACAACCGCGAGUGGCAGAAUUACUACCAGGACAGAGACCGGUACUACAGGAACUACUACGGCUACCAGGGCUACCGGUGAACCCCGGCCCGAAAACCCCAAAAUUUGGGCAAAUUUGGGGAGGGGCUGGAAAAAAAACCAAGAAAAAACAACAACGGAAGGGGGGAGGGGGAGGGGAAAAGAGAGGAAAAAAAUAAAAAACAAAAAAAAAAUUUAAAAAAAGGGGGGGGAAAAAAAAAGGAAAAAAAAAGAUGGAAAAAUGUAAAUUUUUUUUUUUUUUAAAGUUUGUUGAAAGAAUUUUGUUGUAAUUGUAUAAAAAAAAAAGCGCAAAAAAAAAAACAAAGAGGGAAAAAAGGAAAAAAGGAGGAGAUGGAGGUGGGGGAGGGGAGGGGGGAACCCCAAAAUCUGCCCCUCCCCCCCUUUGGGAGCGCGUUGGGGGAGUCCGAUGGGAUUUGUGAAUUUUGGGGGGAUUUUGGUGAAUUUUGGGGAGAUUUUGGUGAAUUUUGGGCAAUUCCCAGGGACAAGGGGGGGGUUGGGCACUGGGGGGACCCCAAAUCCUCCCCUCCCCCCCCUCAGGGGGCGUUAAUUGAUGUUAAUGAGGGGAUUUUAAUUCAUUAUUAAUUAUUUUAAUAGGGGCCUCGGUUAAUUAACAGGCCUGUUGUUAAUUGGGGUCCCUUUAUUAAUCCCUUAAUUGAUAACUCAUUGUUUCGUUAAUGGUUCGUUAAUUAGAGGGGACCUCCAUUAAUUAAUGGGGCUCUGUUAAUUAAUGGAGCCUCGAAAUUGGGGUUUUCUCCUUUAAUUUUGGGGUUUUUUCCCUUUAUUUUGGGGGAAUUUUGGGGGAAUUUUGGGGAUGCUUGGAGAGAAUUUUGGGACUUUUCGGGUUUAAUUUUUGGGGCAUUUCAGGGGAAUUUGGGAUUUUUUAUUUUAUUUUUAAGGGUUUUUUUUUUUCCUUUAUAAAUUUUGUUCCUUUGGGGUUUUUGGGGUUUUUUUUCCCAUUUUUCUUUGGUAUUUUGGGGAUUUUUCCUCCCUCCUCCCCUCCCCCAUUUCCCAUCCCCCCCCCCAUUAAAAAACCCAAAUUUGGGAUUUUUCCGGGUGGGGGAGGGGCCGCUGCCGGAGCUUUUCGGGUCCUUUUUCAAAUAAAACAAAAACACCAAAAAAAAAAAAAGAAAAAAAAAUUAAAAAACCCCAAACCCACGAAAAUCCGUGAGAAAUGAAAAUUUCCCUUUUUUUGUUUUUUUCCUGGAUUUUGGGGGUCCCUCCCCGCCCCUCCCCCACCCCCAUUUCCCCCCAUUUUUCCCCAAUUUCCGCUCUCGUCCCUUCCGGGUUUUUGGGGGUCCAAAAUGACGAAAAUUCCCCAAAUUUCCGCAGUGGGGGAGGGGCGGCCCCGACCCCCACCCCGCCCCUCCCCCCACCCAGGCCGUGUCGGGGUUUUUGUCCCUUUUUAGAAAUAAAGAAAAUUCGCUUGAGCCCA